AUGUCCGACGCGCAAGCGAAGCUCGUCCUCUACAGAAGCUACCUCGGCACCGUCCAGCGCUUCCACGACUCGAGCACUCGUGCGCUCGGCGGCUACGCCCGAGUCGUGGACGUCGUGCUGAACGGGGACGAGGUCGAGCUUCGCAUCGAGACGCUGCACAGCGCGGAGCCGUCCGGCGAGUCGUGGAUCGAGGAGGAGCCGGACGAGUGCGCGGCUCACUUGUGCGAGUCCGCCGCCUCGGACAUUGCCGCCGCCAUUCUUCCCGACGCCGCAGCCAGCACGGCCGCGCCCGCCGGCGUCCUGUCCACAGUCCUCGCCGUCCUGGGGCAGCCUGCGACCAUCCUGGGGCAGCCUGCGAGCACUGUCAUGUCGGCGUCCUUCGUGCUCAAGGCGGGUCUCCGCCGCCUGGGCGAGUCGCUCGCACGCUCCGCAAGAGAGGAGGGAGGGCGCGCCGCCAUGUUGCGGAUAAAGGAACGAGCGCAGCGGCGAGGGGCCGAAGAGGCAUGGCGCGUGAGGGCGAAAUAUAAGCCGGGGGAUCCCGACGGGAUCGAUGGCGCAGACCGGGCGCGGGCCAAGGCAGAGGAGGCGGCGCAAAAGGAGCUGGCCGCCAGCAUCGCACGGAUCGGGCUGUUUGCCGACACGACCGCCGCUGCGGCCCUGCUCAAGCCGGUGUCUCAGGUGCUCUCCCGCGGCCUCGACGCAUCGGCCGUGCCGCGGGUGCUGGAGACUCUGCGCCGGCGGCUGGCGGCGGCGUGGCACGCGAGCGAGAGCAGCCUGAUCUCUCGGCUGACCUCGAUCGAGACCACCACCGCCUCGCUCGACGAGGCGCUCGCCGCGCCGUGGAGCGAUGGCCGCGCAGCGCUCACUCGCCUCCGCGAUGCGCUGGCGAGGCUGCUUCAACGAGACGUUGACAGCGAGUGGCAGGCGGCUUGCGACGAGGCGCUCGAGGAGUGCAGGGAUCUGGCCACGAGCGAGCCGCGCCAGAUCGACGGCCGCCUCCGCGCUCUCGAGGAGAGGCUGCUCUCGCUGGCGCGGGAGGCAUGCGCUCUCCUGCCGGAAUGGAAGCGGCUGCGCGCUGAGGAAAGGACUCGCGAAAACUUUCGUGCGCUUCGCACCGACGUCGCAGCGCACACGCGCAUCGCCGACGGGGACGUCGAGGAGGCUGCGGCGCAGCUCGUUGCCGAGGUGCGAGCCGCCGUGCGAGCCGUGCCGGAGUUGUACGAGCAGGCCAUGGACGCCGCCAUCGACGAGGUCAAGCAGAAUCCGGCGCACGCAUCGUACUCUCGGAAUCUCAGCCAGCUCGUGCGAGAGAAGGCGGGUAUCCUGAAACAGUGCAAGGAAGCGCGAGACGAGUUGGCGGAGGCGGCGGUCGAGACGGCAAAAGCGAGGCUCGCCGUGUGGCGGGAAGAGGCGAUCGCAGCCGUGUCGGCCGUGCAGCGCACCGCAAGAGAGGGUCAAGCAGGCGGCGGCGGCGCGAGCAGCGACGAGCUCCGCCGUGCGCUGAGGCAGCUCCCCUCCGGGGCCGAGGGCAGUCUCGUCCAGGCUCUGAUUGCGUCGGCGGGGGAUGACGCGGCAGCAAGCAUCUCGAAGCUCGUCGAGCGCCGCGUGGAUGACCUGCUCGCCUCCUUCGGCGAGGCGCUGUGCAAAGGCGGGCGGCACACGUGCGUGCUCUGUGGAGACGCGGGCGCAGCUCUCGGCAAGGCGAGCGUUUCCCACUUCCCCGCGGGCUUUUGUGGCUGGGCUUCAGGCGUCUGCGAUGCGCAAGCAUGCGAGUGUUGGGGCAAGGGGAAGCAGCGGGCCGUGAAGCUUGGCGACGUUGCGCUGCAGCCGCUCCCAGCCUUCCAGUUUCUCGGCUUGCGGGAGGACGCCUCUGCGGCUGCGGUGUCGAAGAGCUUGCGCUCGGCGAUGCGACAGCAUCACGCGGAUCGUGCGGGCGGCACGGCGGCUGGCUGGGCUGCGUGUGAGGAGGUCGGCCGCUGCCUCCGCCAGGACGCGGCCCGCAGCGCGUACUUGGAAGGUCGCGGCCAUGAGUACUUCGUGAAGCACUACGGCGACGACCCGGCGGAGCAGCUGGCGAAGAUUAAAAAAGAGCAUGAGUCUGCGCUGACGGAGCACCGCGCCCGGUUGGCGGGAGCCAAUCGGGCGCAACAGUCGAGCUCGAUACGACCGGAGGGGCCGCGCAGGAUUGAGGACAAGACGCUCCUGCCUACCCGGCUGCCAAAGACGAGCGCGAGGCAGUACUCCAUCGAACAUGAGGAAUGGGUGGACGGCAAAAACUUCCCCAGCGUGCGGACGCGUGUCGAUUGGGCGUCUCGGCUCACCGACAGCAUGCUGGAAAAGGGCUGCUACUACGAGCUGGAGGUGGCCUCGGUCCUCGGCCCUCGGUCCGCUUCGCCGCCGGACUCGUCAUACGUAAGGAGAUACAAGGGGCUGCAGACUCACUUCGAGUUGAGCCUCUGCGACGAGAGUGCCGCCCCUCGGACGUUUCACCUUCGCGUGCGUGCUCGUGCGGCGGAUGGGUCCUUCGCAUCAGAAUGGUCUGAGCCGCAGUCGGUGGUUGUGAGUGAGCUCGAUCAGCUGCGCGAUUGGGCGUCUGAGGAGAUGCUCAAGCAGCUCAAGAGCCUCGCCAAGCGCGCUACCGACGCGCAGGCGGCGUUUAAGCAGCAGCACUUUUCCUUCCCGUUCGCCAGGCUCGUCGACGACUUGCAGGCAGCUGUGCUUGAGGCCAACGCGGACAACUUCCAGGGAAGCAGCGUGCUACUGCCGGGCCGCUUGCUGAAGAAGAAAAGACGUUUGUGCCUGGUCUACACGCGCGACAUAUCCGCCGAGUGGCACGCGCGUCUCGGCAAGGCCCUCGCUGACACACAAGAGCUUCAGCGGGCGGCGGAGGCGGAGGAUGGGGCUUGCGGCUCUUGGGCGAGGAUGGAGGCGGAGGCGGUAGAGGACAGAGCCUCGAGCGCAGCGGACACGGCAGUGCCGAAGCCACUGCCAGAUGUGGUCGACCGACUGCACGCCAAGGUUACCGAGAUGUGCGAGGCCUACUUCACGUCGAUCGGGCACCUCCAGUCGCAGGCGCCGCCGCUCCCAGCCGGGAGCGCGGCGGGCGCGGCAGCGGGGCCGGGCGCCGAGACGGUGGCCUCCUUUGCGUCCGACGUGACGCGGCUGCACCGCGAGUUUGAUGGCCUCGUGGACGAGCUCGAGAGCCAGCAGUGCAGCGAAUCCGAGCAACUCGCGGCGAUCGAGACGCUCCAGUCAGAGCUCCGGAGAGCCGACGCGGAGCUCCGCACCGAGGCGGCCGCCCUCAAAGAGAUUGGCUGGCGGCGCUCGGAGCCGUCCACGUGA